AUAACAGCUCCAAACAACUCCUUAAGGUGCAGAGAGUUUCGCGAUGUCUGACGAGGGGAAGGGUUUCGGAUGGCUCAUUGCCGGAGAAGCGGGGAAAUGAAGCGGUCUUCAACUCUAAUCGGCCGUUGGAUUCAGGGGCUUCAAUCCAUAGCCUUGGUGGGAGUUCGAGUAAUCAUAGUAAGGGAGUUUUCUCUUCAAAAGGGGUUUCUUCUGCUAAUCAAAGUGGUCCUUCAUCUCGUUACGGAGGGGGUUCGUCGUCUGGGGAGAAUAAGACUUUUUCGGUGCAAACAGACCGAUCAUGGGCAAACAUGGUUCAAGGUAGCCGGCGAUUUAAGUGGAAAACAUCUCGGGCGCCUCUAGCGAAUAUAGCUGCCUUGGAAGAGAGGUUUUCCCAGGUGGUGGUGUUCUCAUAUGAGGAGAUCGAGGGGGCUUGUGUUCGGUAGAAGAAUACUUUACUUGGCAAAUUCUUAGAGUGAGGCUUUUCACCGGAUUUUGUACAACAGGAACUCAAAGUUAGAUGGAAUAUUCAAGGGGACUUUCAUGUUUCAUCAUGGACUAAGGGGAUUUUGGUGUUUUCAUUCCCUGAUGAGGCCUCUCGAGUUAGGGUUAUAGAGAAAGGGCCAUGGUCUUUGGCAGGUCAACUAUUAGCAUUGGAACCAUGGAGACCUAAUUUCAGGCCUGGCAAAGAUGUGUUCCAGAAGAUAAAGAUCUGGCUCCGUCUGUCGGAUUUGCCACUAGAGCUCUGGGGCAAGGAGAGCAUUUUGAAGAUUGUUGCUAGGGCGGGCAGACCAUUGUUCCUGGAUGAUUGGACAAUUUCGACGGCUCGCCUGGGCUUUGCUAGAGCUUGCAUCGAACUUGACAUUAGCAGGGAGCUUUGCCCAAGUGCUAAGAUCUGUGUGAAAGGAACAACAAAAUUGACAAGAAUUCAUCUACGAGGAUCUUCCAGAUGUGUGCUAUGGGUGUGGGCGAAUUGGGGUCCUCAUGGAGGUUUGCAACUGCCAGAGGGUGAAAGAAGGUCAGCUUUUGCUGGGGCCUUGGAUCAAGGCAACUUGCAUUCUUGCAGUGCCAGCUUCAUCAGGUCCUACCACUAGAGCUACAUCCGAGAUGUCAUCUCAUGGUGCUACAACAUCAGUGGCAAACAAGCAAUUCCCGUGGGUGGCCCCCAAGCGUGCAACGAAAAUAGCUUUUGGGAUGGGCUCAGCCUCUGCAAAUUCUUCAUCUUUAUCAUCGGAAUCAAGGUGAAUUUAACUAAGUCUCAAAUCAUCUUCGGUCCCUCUACAGUAUCUACAGUGAGAGCUCAAAUAAAAGUUCUUUUCAAUAUUUCUGCAAAGAGGGGCUCGUGUAAGUAUUUGGGUGUGCCAAUCACAAGUACGAGGUUUCGACCUUCUGACUUUAUUCCUCUUGUGGAAAAUUUGCAUGCUCUGAUUGCUGGAUGGAAGUAGAAGGGUCUAUCAUUUAUUGGAAGAGCAACCUUUUUUAACUCUGUUUUAGCCCCUAUUCCCCUUCAUGUGAUGUCGGUAUUCCCUGUGCCUUUACUUGUUUUGGACAAAUUGGAGAAAGAUUUUCGGAGCUUCUUAUGGGGACAUGAAGGUAAUAGACGUUGAAUUCACUGGGUAUCCUGGGAUCAAAUUUGUUUACCAAAAUCUAAGGGAGGGCUUGGAUUGUAAUCCUUAGAGUCAGGAACAAGCUUUGCUAUGCAAAUUAGCAGCCCAGGCUGUUCUUAAUCCCUCCUCCUUGUGGGCUAGAUUAGUUGCUGCUAAAUAUAAAUUUAACUUCUCUUGGGUUUCAUAUGCUAAGCCAUUGAAGUGUUCUCCAAAUUGGUCGGCUAUAGCUAAAAUGGGUCAUUGCAUUCAUUAUCAGUUCAUUUGGUCCAUAGGUAAUGGCAGAUCCAUUCAUGCUUUUUACGAUCCUUGGAUCCAACCUAUCCCUCUUUGUGCCUGACCGACUUUCAUAAAUAUAGAUGCAGAUUUGGAAGGUAUAAAACUGGAUACUCUAUUCUCUAAUGAGUCGGGUUGGAAUGACAAUUUAUUAGCUACUUUAGUGGGGCUGAUAUGGUGACCAUUAUUAAAAGCAUCCCUAUUGCUUAUGGGCAGUGGUCUGAUCAGCUUGGUUGGCAUGCUUCCAGAUCUUCUCAGGUAUCCUGUAGUGAUGUUAUGGCAAGCCUAUAUAAUGCCUAUCCUUUUAUUCUAAACUCAAAUUGCUUAUCAAUAUGGAACCUAAUGGUACACCAAAGGGUUAAAACUUUCUGUUGGCAGCUGUUUCAUCGCAAACUCUCUUGUAAACGUCUGUUGGUGAGCAGCGGUAUUUUAUGCUCUGAUAUGCAGGUUUGUGACUAUUGUUCUUUUCCAUUAGAGGAUUGUGAACAUGUCUUCUUUCACUGCCCGUUUGCUCAUACUCGUUGGAGACUAUUUGCUGAUAUAUUUAGCAAUCAACCUCAAUUUACUUCUUUGGCUGAGCUAUUUAAUCAAAUGUUUCAAGGGUCGCAGAACAGGGGUUAGCUCUCUUUAUGUGUCUUGUUGAUUUGGCUUAUAUGGAAGGCUUGUAAUGUUUGUAUCUUUGAGAAUGUUUCGACAACUCCGCAUUAUGUCAUGCGUCAGUGGAUGGUGAUGCACCACAAUUUUGUCCCCAAUAUUCUCACCACGUCUUCACCUCCAUUAAGGAACCGGGACUGCCUAUAUACUGUGACCCAAAGACAGCUAUCUUUUAUCUCUGUUGCUUGGCAGCUCCCUCCCUUAGGAGUGUUGAAGUUAAAUUUUGAUGGCGUUGUGUCGAAUGAGGGUGUGGUUGUGGCCUUUAUUAUUAGGGAUUGACAAGGCCAUCUCAUUAAAGCGACUGGUUGCCAAUUGCUGCUGUGUUCUGUCCCAUUUGCUGAACUGGUUGGUGGCUGGAUGGGUAUUCAUGAAGCUUUUAUUCUCUUUGCAUGCUGAUAAACUGUGGAUAGAGGGUGAUUCUUCUGCAGUUAUUAACUGGAUCACCUCUUUCAAUGCUCAAAAGAACUCUUUAUGGCCCAUAUUGAGGGAUGUUCUGACUUGGAAAGCUACUUCACAUCCUUGGAUCAUCUCACAUAUUUUUAGAGAGGCUAACCAAGCAGCUGAUUGGUUGGCCUCCGGAUCCAUUUCAGGAGCUUUGCAAUUCUCUCAACUUGAUCCUUUACCAGCUCAGUUGUGCGCUAUAUUGCAUGCGGAUGCUAUUGGGGUCAUCCAUGAAAGACAGUUAAUUUUUCAGAUACUUACUUCAUGGUUCUGCUGUUUCUUUAAUUCACAUAAUUAUUGCUGCUCAACUGAUUCUUUAAUUCACAUAAUUAUUGCUGCUCAACUGAUCAGUAGAUUGCUUUCUUUAUGGGAGGAGGCUAAUGUGUACUUCGUUCAUUGUUCGCCUAUAGCUGAUUUAGCACUUUCUUAUGAAAUAUAUUCUCUGUUUCAUAAUUGGUUAAUGGUUUUACGGUAUUACUAUCCACUGGUAAGCUCUGUAUGCAUACAUGGGAGGUUCAUUUCUUUCUCCUGGCUCAAAUUUCACUCUUCCUUCUGGUUCAAACUGUGGCACAUAUGCUUCCCUAUCGGGCACAGCCUGUUUAUAGUGGUUGCUAGAUGCUUCUUCCAAGUAUUUCUACAGCAAACAAAUUUCUAUUGGUACUUUCUUUCUGAUGUUGCAGGGGAUGACAUUGCUGAGAGACCAUGCGUAGAAUUAAAGGAGAAGGUGUGCUUGUGCCGGGUUCCACUUUUCAGUGUGCCGGGAUGGCCCCUUGGUAUGAAGAGAGUUUCAGGUGCUGGUUGCAUUUUAUAAUGUAUUCAUGCUGUUGGUCAUGUACUCUGUUUUGUUAUAUUUGCUGCGUUGGGAUAGCUCUUUGGUGUAAA